AAGGGUCGGUAUGCCGUCAGUGUCCCCCUGUCGCUCGUGACGUGAGGGCGUCGCCGCCACCUUGUGAGCCACGCCCCUCGCUUCCUUCAACUGCGUAUUUUGUGAAACUGGAGCGGUGCUUACGAAUAUUAACAAAUAAUUCUACCCAUCGGCUCGGAAGCAUAUUCAUAUCUAGAGAAUUUUCAGCUACGGAACAUUGCCGCUCUUUUGCGUUUUGACCAGAAGAUCGUCUUACUAUGAUGGGCACUGCUACAGAUGCAGUGAAGUGCUUCGGAAAGGGAAUGAAAAGAGUGUGUCGAUUACUGUUGGUGCUGGUGGUGCUGACGUUGUGUGCUGUAGCUCACGUGAUGCUGUUCAGGAUACAACCCAAUCACUACACACCGUCUGUCCAGUUCGGUACAACUCCCAGUCACCCGACGACACCGACGGCGCACGAAGACAACCUCUGUGAUGGCUUUUGUGCAAAUACUUUAAUGAAUAAUUUCACGCAGUAUAACACCGACUCAAACAAGGCCUUCGUGAAAACAUCCAGUUCUUCGGAAGUCGUAGUUAAGCAAGUUGUCUUGGGCGACGUAGCAGAGAUGACCCCAAGGCGAGAGGACCUGGUGCUCCCCACCAGACCUCGCGCCAGGAACCAGAAGCUGUACAAGAAGGAUGUUGUCAAGAGUCUGAGUGGCACUUGGACGGAGGAAAUGAGGGAGGCGCGGCAGAAGGUGCUCAGGGAGAGGAGGCUGAGGGUGCAGGAGGUGUGUCAUACUACCAACGUGACAGGUGUGGCCAAGCUUUACCCUGUCUACACCAAUCUCAGAUGGGUCCCUCAACACCACUUUGUCUGGUGCCCGAUAUUUAAGGCAGCAUCGACGACAUGGGUGAAGUAUCUGCUGAUGCUGGCAGGGAAGGUGGAGAACGAGAGCCUUCAUGGGCAGGUGAAGCAGCUCUUCCCUCCACCAGGCUCUGCCAGGGACAGGGAACGACUUCUCGCUGACUCCAUGAGACUCAUCAUCGUCAGACACCCAUUUGAGCGCCUCCUUUCUGCUUACCGAGACAAAAUGUUGAGAGUCAAGGGCAGCAAUGAUCCAUACUUGAAGCUGCAGCAUAAGAUCGCUCACCGGUAUGAAGACUCCAGCAGGACAGCCUCCAGUAAUAUCAAGGCAGAGUCCCUGGGCUUGGCAAAUACCACCACCACCAACCAUCCAACCUUCACCCAGUUUCUCAGCCAUGUCCGGACUGAUCAAAUAAAGUUCAGGAAGAAGGGCUGGUGGCCGGUAAACCUACACUGGCGUCCCUACUGGGUGACGUGUUCGCCCUGCCAGCUGGACUACAAUGUUAUUGCCCAAGUGGAGACACUUGGGGAUGACCACGAGUAUAUAAUCCGGGAGCUGGGCCUUCAGCACCUCCUCCUCAAUGCCCACACUCAUGCCUCCAAAUUUGACAUGUACAACGGGACGAGCGAGGCUGCACAGUUCUACUUCAGACAGGUUCCACUGAAUCUCCUGCGGGCGCUCGCCGACCUGUAUGAACCAGACUUCCAGCUGUUUGGCUACUCACCCCUGGAAUAUUUCCACAUGGCAAAGAGAAGCUGACCUUUGCUAAAAAUGUAAACCUAAUUAAAAGUGUAACUCCAACUAAAAUAUCAGUACAGUAUUGUGGUCUGUGCAGUUAUCUGCGGCUGUUAGACAUGCAUACUGUGUCUCUGCAGAGGCAGAGCAAUAGCAUCACACACUGCACUGACAAUGGCAGAGCAACAGCAUCACACACUGCACUGACAAUGGAAGAGCAACAGCAUCACACACUACACUGACAAUGGCAGAGCAACAGCAUCACACACUGCACUGACAAUGGCAGAGCAACAGCAUCACACACUGCACUGACAAUGGCAGAGCAACAGCAUCACACACUGCACUGACAAUGGAAGAGCAACAGCAUCACACACUACACUGACAAUGGCAGAGCAACAGCAUCACACACUACACUGACAAUGGCAGAGCAACAGCAUCACACACUACACUGACAAUGGCAGAGCAACAGCAUCACACACUGCACUGCCACUACCACCUUCAGGGUUCUGAUUCUGUCUCAGUUGAUACUUUGUGGGUUGAUCCAGUUUUGUUGGUUCCCUGUUCCAAAGCUUGUGUGUCAGAGGUUGUCCAUAGUCUCAUCAGGUCUAACCAGCCUGCAGUUUACCCUUGUACCCAUGAUGUUCUGAAAUAUGAUGCUCUUGUGAAGAUUUUUGCUAAAAUGCUCCUCCUCCCUGGUAAGUCCAUUUCUUUUUUCUUCAUAUGUAGUUAGCCUCAAAGAGCUACAUGGGUCUUUCCCCAGAGAAUUAGAACUGAAAAUAAUAUAAUGCCUCUUUCUGGGCACGCCCCAGUGGCUCAUGAUUCUCGUCUUUCCUUCCAGGUCAUCAGUUUGGGAGAUUUUUUUGUGCAUCUGUUCCAGAACUGAUGGCAUUGGCCAAUGGACCACAUGAACAAAGUUCUUCCCCCCUUCCCUAACUAGUGGUGCGAUAAAUGAGAGCAAAGACAUGCUUCUUUUAAGAGAUCCGAUUAUUUGCAUUGUUCGGAGAGUUCAUUUGGCAGUUUUUAGAUUUUGGCUGCAAUGAAGCCAGUAGUGGUCUGGUUUGUAUUGGUGUACUGACUUUCUGGAUGCUUUUCCAGUGGUAUAGCAGAGUGUCACUCCUUGUGCCUCAAAGAGGGGGCUAGUUUCUGGCAUUGGUCCCCAGAAGGCCAACAAAACUCAAUGGCUACUGUGAUCUAGUAGUUGAAAGCCAUCUCAGUGAGAUAGCUUCAGGGAGCCACCAAGGUUCACCCAACAAGAGGCUUUUCAUUACAUUCAAUGGUGGCUUUUUAUCCUUUGAUUUUAUAAGUGCUGCACUGAUUAUAUACACAAAUACAUUUAUUUUAUUCUUGAAGGACUCUUAUUAUAGUGUAUGGCAAAUAAAGAAGUAAUUUUAUAAUGGACAUUUUACUAUAUUGUACAUCAUGGUUGAUAUAUUGAGCAAACAUAACUACUGUACUAAAAUAUCAUAAACAUAUGGAGUACUACAAUUACAUGAACUUUCCAAAACAUAAUACAGUGUGAAAGCUUUAAAUAUAUACAAUAAAAUAAGUACAAAUAGAAAAUAUUUUGUCCAACCCUGUAUUGUAAUUUGAAUCCACUAAAAAAUUAUUUUGUAUUAAAGCACUUAAUGAUUGCAUAAACAUAACUAACAAUAAUAAUACAAAAAUAAUUGAUACAAUGAUAAAUUAAAAUAAAUAAUCUUAUGCCAUUAUUUUGACUAAAAAGUAAUUUAUUUUGCACUUCCCCCAAAAAAUCAUCAAAUUGCACAAGAAGCUGUUUGCAUUUAGAAAAAUAGUAUCAUAUUUUCAUGUAUCAUAAAAUGUGUUAAAACAGGUCAAGUAUGAUUAAAUUUCACUCAUUGCCAGCGCAGUAAUUACACAUGCACACACAAAAUGAAAAAUUAAUCACAAUAAGUCAAAAAUAGGCAACAGGCACUCCAAAAAUGGUCUGGGUCACUAUUCUGUGAUCAACUAUACUCAAUAAUGGUGAAGGCUUCAUUCCAGCAAAAGAUUGAAAAAAAUAACUGGAAUGUUGUUUAUUAUUUGCACACACACACACAUAUACAAUUCUGUGUAUACAAAUAUUUAAGCGUGUGUGUACAAGCCACACAUAAAAUAGCAUGUAAUGAAAAUGUGAUCAAAUAUUCAUGAAAGUAUUAAAGCAAUUUUCAAGUUCUAUUUUAUAUAUAUAUAUAUAUAU